AUCAGGAGGCUGUUGAUGCCUCUGGAUUGGAUUACGACUUCUUCGUUGAUUCUGGAGAUGACUGGGAGCUGUAUGUGCACCACAGUAAAUCCGAGACUUGGGAGAACCCCAGAAGAAUUCGUUGGAAAAACACCAAUGAUAUUAGAUAGAAGCCUCAUUCUUGGAUCAAAGAGAACUACUUUUUUUCUUGUAGAUGCCAAGACUGGAACUGUGAUUUCCACUUAUAAGAUUGUUCCAUCUACAUUACCAAUGAAGGUUGAUGAAGAGAAAAUUCUUGUAUCGAAGCAAGAUAUGGAGGAAUGGGUAUGGCCCGUUGCUAUGGAUCAGAUGUCAGUACAUCCACUUUACAUCACAAGAACUGAUUAUGAUUUUCAGUCUUUUGCUCCAAGCUUGGAUAAGUUAUUGUGGAAUAUGACACUUGCUGAAAUUAGGCUUCAUGAUACUUGUCAAAGAAGUGAGAGUUCACCUGUUGCUGAUCCGUAUGGUUCAAGAACUAAGCAUCAGGAUGAUAUCGAGACACGGUCACUGCAUGGAAAAAGGGCUAUUGUAGUACGAUUUCGUGAUACUAAUGUCAUACAAUCUGUCUAA